AUGUUUUUAUUGGAGCCAAACAUACAGGAGCAGAACUAUGGCAAUAUUACUGCAAGCUUUGCGGAGCGGCUGUCUGAUGUAGUACAAUCGGAAUCCCCAUUGAAUCAGGAAUGCUUACGAGACCUUCGGACGACCAAUUCCUAUGAUUACAAGAGUCGUAUUCAAGCGACUAAUGGAGGACUGUUAAAAGACUCAUACCGAUGGAUUCUCGACAACGAGGAGUUUAAGCAAUGGCAAAACGGCCAAGGCAAUCUGCUCUGA